AUGUGCUUCCAGUGGUGUCACUUUCACUUUCCUGGCCUUCCAGGGCGCGGAUCCAUGACGAAGCGCCAAGCAGAGGUCUUCCGGUCGGCCCUGCGGAAGCGAUGCCGCAAGACCAGCUUUUUUGCGGACGUGUCGCAGUCAGAAGACUUCUGCCGCGCUGGGCAGGGUCGAUGCCCGACGUGGUCCAGAGGCUCCGUCGUAGCUUACGUGCCGCCUAUGGUCUGUGCCAGUCACGUGCAGCUUCUGGACGGACUCGACGGCCUUGUUCCGUGUCGGCGUUUACUUGUUGGGGUCGUGGGGGCAUGCGCGAGAACUGUUGGUCCUGGUUGCCAUUAUAGUGCAAUACAUCCAUACAUCCAUACAUCGUGUGAAGCACUCCACGACUUUGUGGAUCUUCGAAUGCCGCCCACAUUGAGCGACGCCGACCGUGUGCGAUUGGUGGGCAACACGCAGCACGUGAGGCCUAUCGCGGCAGCCGUUGCUUUAGGCCUCUCCUUGCUUCGCCGAGCGCCGACGAAGAGGACCUUCCGGAGGACGUUUCUUCACCUCAGGCACGCUUGUAUGUCGAAAUGCAGCGUAGCAUCAUCAUGCACGAUACCACUGAGACCGCUUCUCCUUGGCGUCGGCCAGGUGCCAGCAGAGUUGUGA